AUGCCCCACAGCCCAGCUUCCAGCGAGGAUGAGCGGCGGAGCGUUCCCGAGUAUCCCGGGGAGUCUGACAGCGACAGCUCCGGGGAGGAGACCCUCCGAGGCGGCUGCAACAUCAGCAGCGUCCCGGUCCCGAAGCCCAGAGACAGGAGCAUCGACGCCGACUUCAGCAUGAUGGUCUUUCGCAUUGGCAUCCCAGACCUACAGCAGACGAAAUGCCUACGAUUUAAUCCUGAUGCCACGAUUUGGGUUGCUAAGCAACAGGUACUGUGUACGUUAAACGAGAGCCUGAAGGACGUGCUAAAUUAUGGCUUGUUCCAGCCUGCCACCAAUGGACGAGACGCCAAGUUUCUGAAUGAGGAGAAGCUGCUACGGGAAUACCCACAGUCCUUUGAGAAGGGGGUGCCUUAUCUGGAGUUUCGUUACAAGACGAGGGUUUACAAACAGACAAACCUAGAUGAGAAGCAGCUGGGGAAACUACACACAAAGGCCAGUUUGAAGAAGUUUUUCGAAUAUGUCCAACACGGCUCAGUUGAAAAGAUGCUUAAACUCUUGGAUAAAGGGCUGGAUCCCAACUACCAUGAUGCAGAAACUGGAGAAGUGCCAUUGACUCUGUCCGCGCAGCUGGAUAACUGCUCAGAUGUGAUCCGCGUGCUGUGUCUGGGAGGAGCGCACAUUGACUUUCGAGCACGGGACGGCAUGACAGCUCUCCACAAGGCUGCAAUAACCAGGAACUACAAUGGAGUCUUGACGCUGCUGGAGUUAGGAGCCUCCCCAAAUUACAAGGAUCGUCGGGCAUUGACGCCACUGUACCACACAGCCAUCGUGGGAGGAGACACCAGCUGCUGUGAACUCUUGCUGUACAACCGAGCUCAGAUUGGCUUCGCUGAUGAGAAUGGCUGGCAAGAAAUCCACCAGGCCUGCCACCAUGGUCACGCACAACACCUGGAACAUCUGUUAUUCUACGGAGCAGAAAUCAACAGCUUGAACGCUUCAGGGAACACGGCGCUACACCUGUGUGCUCUCUACAACAGGGAUAGCUGCACUCGCAUUCUGCUUUACCGCGGAGCUAACAAAGACAUGAAAAACAACAACCGACAGACAUCCUUCCAGGUUGCCAUUAUUGCAGGAAACUUCGAGCUGGGCGAGUUCAUCAAGAAUCACAAAGACUCGGACAUUGUUCCGUUUAAGGAAACGCCAAGCUACACCCCCCAGAGGAGGGAUGGACACAACACACUCACCAUCCCGCACAUGCUCCAGCGCUCCAGCAGCGACAACAACCUCAACAUUCCCGAGUGGCUCUCCUUCUCGGCCAGCCAGGCUCCCAGGAACCCCAACGGCACGCUGCGGAGCGUCAGCAACCCCCGGGGAGGCCGCAGCCGCUCCCCUUCCCGCAGCCGGCAGGGUGAGGACCCCAAGAAACAGCGUGGCCGCCUCAGCUCCGCAGUCAGUAACGCGGCUGGAACACUGGGCUGGAGGCCGAAACGCAAGCUGUACAGUGCUGUACCUGGCAGGGUGUUUGUGGUGGUGAAAUCGUACCAGCCACAGGGAGACGAUGAAAUUCAACUCAACAAGGGUGAAAAAGUCAAAGUCCUCAGUGUCGGGGAAGGAGGAUUCUGGGAAGGGACUGUCAAAGGUCGGACGGGCUGGUUCCCUGCAGAGAAUGUGGAGGAGGUCCCAAACAAACCCCAGGACAGCAAACAUGAGAGUCGGAGUGAGAAGGCAAAGAGGUUAUUUCGACACUACACAGUGGGCUCCUACGAUAGUUUCGAUGCCCCAAGUGACUACAUCAUUAAAGAAAAAACAGUCCUACUGCAGAAAAAGGACAGUGAAGGAUUUGGAUUUGUGCUUCGAGGGGCGAAAGCCCAGACACCGAUUGAGGAGUUCACCCCGACACCAGCCUUCCCUGCACUUCAGUAUCUUGAGUCAGUGGACGAGGGCGGAGUGGCUUGGAGGGCAGGUCUACGGAUGGGCGACUUCCUGAUCGAGGUCAACGGGCAAAACGUGGUGAAGGUGGGGCACCGGCAGGUGGUGAACAUGAUCCGGCAGGGCGGCAAUAACCUCAUGCUCAAGGUCGUCAUGGUAACCCGCAAUCCCGACAUGGAGGAAGCUUCCAGGAAGAAAGUCACGACGCAGACGAAGCGGCUCACUCCGCCGGCCAUCGCCCUGCGCUCGAAAUCCAUGACCUCUGAACUUGAGGACCUCGCCUCCCCCUGGAACAAGAAGGCCGAUUAUGAGCCCCAGCAGUCCACCGAGAAGAGGCGGAAGGUUUAUCAAAUGGCAUUAAACAGGUUGGACGAGAUUCUGGCCGCAGCCCAACAAUCCAUCGCGAACGAGAGUGCCAGCGCUCAGGCCAAUGUGCCAAAGCCACGGACAGCAGCCAGGACUUUCUACAGUGCAGAGCCGCUGUAUGACCAACAGGGGAUGACAGCAAUGGGCCAAUCAGUCAGCUUCGACCGGCCGUACCUGGCUGCACAACAAGGCAUCAUGCGCCAGAAAUCAAUGGGUGCCCCUGAAGAGGAGAAGCAAUUCCUAGUGCCCCCCUCCUUUAAGUUUGCUCGCAGCCUGUCUGUUCCGAGUGCGGAUGACAUCCCCCCGCCCCCCACCACCGCCCCCCCUGACCCUCCCUUCAACCUGCCCCAGCCCCGCUCGGGCCUGCGGCACGACCUGGCGGAGCCGCAGGUCAAGGGGGAGGGGAAGGACCGGCACAAGCGUGAGAAGGCCACGAUGUACCGGCAGGAGUCGGAGCCGCCGGCGGACGAGCGGGCCCGACUCUCGGCCGGCGGCUCCUCCUCCUCCUCGUCCGCCUCGCAGCCGAGCGCCAGGGGCAGGCGGGGCCAGGCCGCCGAGGGUCGCUACGGCAACGCCACCGCCCGGGUGGUCAACACGGCCAUGUACGUGCCGGCUAAGCCCGUGCGGAGGAAGGGGCUGCUGGUCAAGCAGUCGAAGGUGGAGGACGAGCAGCAGCAGCAGCAGCAGCAGCAGCAGCAGCAACAAGACAAGACCUGCUCCAUCCCCAUCCCCACCAUCAUCAUCAAGGCCCCAUCCACCAGCAGCAGCGGGAGGAGCAGCCAAGGCAGCAGCAUGGAGGCCGAGGCCGGGGCCGAGCCGCUGCAGGCCCGGGAGAGCCUGGACUUCACCAGCCAGUUCGGGGCGGCCAUCGUCGGGGCCGCCCGCCGCGACCGGGAGCGCUACAUGGAGGCCCGCCGCAAGUCGGCCGUCUUCCUGUCGACGGACGUGGCGGAGGAGGAGUCGGAGAGCCCGCCGCACCUCACCCACUCCAAAUCCAUCGACGAGGGCAUGUUCCACCACGCCGAGACCUUCAUGAACAUCAUGGUGUCGGCCGGCCGGGGGGCCGGCGGCGGCGGCGUCGGCGUCGGCGUCAGCGGAGGGGGCGGGACCUUCAUCCACCCGCUGACCGGCAAGGUGCUGGACCCGGAGUCGCCGCUGGGCCUGGCCCUGGCCGCCCGCGAGCGCUCGCUCAAGGAGCAGCCGAGAAGCAGCGGCGGCGGCGGCGGCGACGCCUCGGGCUCGGGCCCGGCCGAGGCGCCCGGCGGUCACACCGGGCCCAGGCCGCGGGGGACGGCGGGGGCCCCGGCCGGCCGGCGAAAGGACGCCCGGCCUCCCCCCAGGCCGCAGGACCCCCACGCCCAGGAGGCGGGCCGCCCCUGGGCGCCGGGGCCCGAGGGCGAGGGCGAGGGGGAGGGGCAGGCCGAGCUCCGGGUGCGCUUUGCGGAGAACUCCCACCCGCCCGGCCAGGACGGGCCGCUGACCCCUGCCCCGCCCGCGCCCGCGCCCGCCAAGCCCCCCGACCCCGAGGCCCUGCCCCUGACCAUCCUCCCCCCGCCCGCCCCCUCCGUCGACGCCGAGGAGGAGUUCGUCUUCAGCGACCCCCUGCCCCCUCCGCUGGAGUUCUCCAACAGCUUCGACAGCUCCGAGGCGCCCCCUCCCCCUCCUCACCGCCCCCCCCCUCCCCCUCCCCCUCCCCCACCGCCGCCCCCACCCCCACCGCCACCCCCACCACCACCCCCACCGCCCUCCUCCGCCCCCGAAGCGGGCAGCCUGCCCACCGUGGACUCGACGGGCUCCAGCCUGACCUCGUACGACAGCGAGGUGGCCAACCUGACGCAGACCCCCAAGGAGAACCACCUCCACUGCGCGGCCGAGGGGGCGGCCGGCGGCCGCACCCCCUCGGCUGAGGCUUUCCUGGACAACGUGGGCGACUCGGGCAUUGAGGAGGUGGACAGCCGGAGCGGGAGUGACCACCACCUGGAGACCAUCAGCAGCGUCUCCACCUUCUCCAGCCUCUCGGGCCUGUCCUCGGAGGGCAGCGAGCUGCUGGACACCUACAUCGCUUACCUGGACGGGCACGUCUUCGGCUCCGACAAGCCCCCGUUCGCCUCCCGGGUGCGGUCCCGGCCUUUGAUGGGCAGGGGGCCGGGGCCGGGGCCGGGGCCGGGGCCGGGCCCCCUGAGGGAUCCCACCGCGCCUCCGCCUGUCUCCAACGCCCCCUUCCCGCCGCCCCGGCCUCCCGGCGAGUCCGCCCAGCUGCAGGAGCGCCAGCCACCCACUGCCUCGAUCUGGGAGGAUUCGUCGCUCGCCCAAGGGCCCAACAUGGCAUCCAUGAAGGCCAGCAUCAUCAGCGAGCUGAGCUCUAAACUGCAGCAGAUGAGCGGAACGUCCUGGACUCGGUCAAGCGACACCCCUGGACCACCGACAGCCUCCAAGCCCGUGAUUCCAAGACACAGAUCACCCCUAAACUUGAAGAAAUAUAGAGAGCAGGUCUGCUCAAUCUCUCCUCACAGGACAAUCCUCUCAUCCCAGGGAACUAGGGGAUGGACCUUCGUUGCACUCCCUCUGGGGAUCGCUGAUGAUUCCGUGUUGGGAGCCAUGGCUCAGAAACUGCCGCUGAGCAGCACAUUCCAGAACUGGCCGAAAACCCCCCAGCACAGCCCAAAGCCCCCCAAGACUGUGGAGUUCGACAUUAAACCCACCAUGCGGAGAGCGCCCAGCCCCUCCAUGCCCCUCCAUGCCGCCGAGCACAGAGCCAACCCGGGCACCCCCCGGCCCUCCUCGCUGCCCAUCCUGCCCUCGGCGGCCGCGGUGCACCCGGCGCCCCCCGCGGGCUACGACGUGCACAGCGCCCCCACCUCGGCCGGCAACAGCUUCGCCAGCUUCCCGCCCGGCAGUCGGGCGCACUCGCCCACCACCAGCUUCCAGUCGCCCCCGCCUGUGCCCCCCGACAAGCCCUUCGCCGCCAAGCCGCUGGCCUUCUGGACCAAGUUCGACGUGGCCGACUGGCUAGAGUACCUGCACCUGGGCGAACACAAGGAGCACUUCCUGGAGAACGAGAUCGACGGGAGCCACCUCCCCUCGCUGCAGAAGGAGGACUACGUGGACCUGGGUGUGACGCGGGUGGGACACCGGAUGAACAUCGAGCGAGCCUUGAAACGGCUGCUCGAGAGGUGAUCGCAGAGUGCGUGGGGCUGCCUCCGAUAGUCCCCCCCCCCCCCAUCCUCCC